AUGGAAAGUGUUGCCCAUUUCAUGUUUGGCAUUUUUGGAAAUGCUUUUGCUUUGCUGCUCUUCUUGUCUCCAGCGAUUACAUUCUCCAGAAUUAUAAAGAACAAAUCCACAGAAAACUUCUCCGGCAUUCCUUAUGUCAUGACACUACUUAACUGCCUCCUCUCUGCCUGGUAUGGGUUGCCGUUUGUAUCCCCCAACAAUUUACUAGUGUCUACCAUCAAUGGCUUUGGAACAGGAAUCGAGAUCAUAUACGUUCUGAUCUUUAUCACGUUGGCACCCAAGAAAGAAAGGUUUAAAAUCAUCGGACUCUUAACCUUCGUGCUCAUAGUAUUUCUCCUCGUCGUCGUCGUGUCUCUCUUCGUCCUGCACCACUAUCCCAGAAAACUCUUCUGUGGCCUCCUGGCAUCUAUAUUCUCCAUUAUCAUGUACAGUUCACCCCUCUCAAUCAUGAGACUGGUGAUCAGAACAAAGAGCGUGGAGUUCAUGCCGUUCUUUCUGUCGCUCUUUAUGUUUCUGUGUGCUGUUUCAUUCUUUGCGUUUGGUCUGCUGGGUCGUGACCCCUUUGUUGCAGCGCCGAAUGGUGUGGGUACGGCUCUGGGGGCAAUGCAGCUAAUAUUGUAUUCUGUGUACCGUGAAAACAGAGGGACACCUAAAACAGAGGAGGAAGCUCUGGAAAUGGGCGAAGCAAAUCCAAAGCCCCCACAAGAGAAGCAAUCUAAUGCUAGUUAG